AUGGUUUCGGGUCUAAAAUCCUCACCUAGUACUCGAAUUCCUUCUGCACAUUAUCUGAGGGUCUGGGUCAUGGGGCCCCAAACACUGGUCCUGCUGUUCUCGGGGGCUCUGGCGCUGACCGAGACCUGGGCCGCUGAGUGCCCCCUGGGGAAGAAACGGCAUGCACCUGAGAGGAUCGAGGGGACGCGCUGGGGGCGCAAGACUCAGGGACAGCGCGUCUCCAGCACCCAGGGCCCAGACCCCAGACCCAGGACUCCUGCCUCGGCCCCACCCCUGCCCCUUUCCUCCCCCGCUCCUCUCCUCAACCUUUCGCAGUCCCCCUCGCCCCCUGCCCCUAUCAGCUCGACCUCGGACCCAGGACGCUCGUCCUUCCCGCCGCGGUGGCCCCACUCCCUGAGGAUUUUCAGCAUCAUGGUCUCCCGACCCGGCCGCGGGAAGUACCGGUACACGGUCAUGGGCUACGUGGACGACACGGAGGUCGUGCGGUACGACACCGACACCGCGAAUCCAAAGCUGGAGCCGCAGGUGCCGUGGCUGGAGCAGCCGCGGGUGGAGCAGGAGGAUCCGCACUUCUGGGACGAGCAGACGCGGGACAUCAAGGACAACGAACAGGCUUUCCGAGCGAACCUGAACAAGCUGCGCGCCUACUUCAACCAGAGCGAGGAGGGGGCGCACACCCACCAGGAAAUGACCGGCUGCAUCCUGGGGCCCGACGGGGGACUCGUCCGCGGGUAUGGCCACCUCGCCUACGACGGCAAAGACUACCUCGCUCUAAACCUGGACCUGCGCUCCUGGACCACUGCUGACACCGAGGUGCAGAUCACCACCGAUAGCAAUUUGAUGCAGAACUUUGAUGUGGACUAUUGGAGGCUCUGCAUGGACGGCCUUUGCGAGCGCUGGCUCCACCUGCUCCUGGUGAUCGGGAAGCAGACGCUGCUCCGAGCAGACCCUCCAAAGACAUAUGUGACCCACCACCCUAUCUCUGAUCAUGAGGUCACCCUGAGGUGCUGGGCCCUGGGCUUCUACCCUGCGGACAUCACCCUGACCUGGCAGCGUGAAGAGGAGGACCUGACCCAGGACAUGGAGCUUGUGGACACCAGGCCUGCGGGGGAUGGAACCUUCCAGAAGUGGGCAGCUGUGGUUGUGCCCCUUGGAGAGGAGCAGAGAUACACAUGCCGUGUGCAACACCAGGCGCUGCCUGAGCCCUUGACCCUGAGAUGGGAAACCCCUCCUCAGACCACCAUCACCAUUGUGGUCAUUGCUGCUGCCCUAGGUCUCCUUGGAGCUGUAGCCGCUGGAGCUGUGCUGUGGAGGAGGAAGCGCUCAGGCAGAGGCAGGGAGAGCUAUGCUCAGGCUGCCUCAGCGACAGCUCCCAGGGCUCUGAUGUGUCUCUCACAGCUCCCAAAGGGUGACAGAGCUGCCUUGUAGGGGACUUGGUACUACAAUAUGAAUUCAAGCUUCUCCUUUGGGAUUUUAAGAAUUCCUCUCUGUUGUUUCUGCAAGUGUAUCACAAUUUGUUUGCAUUAUUUUAAAAUUAGCCAUAUAUAUGUAAUCAGAAUUGUUUUAAAUU